AUGUUCGGCCUCCUCUAUUCUUCACCGUCGCUGUCCAGUUUCUAUCUUUCCUCCUUUUGUCUCCCUCUCUCUCGACGUGAACCUCUCCUCCUCUUGCCUCAUCUGGCCUCUCUCUCUCUCGCCGUGAACCUCUCACCCUCCUCUCUUGCCAUGAACCACCUUCUCAAGCUUCUCUCUACGUCGGUGAACUCUGCCAGUAACCGCACCUCCGCCGACUACGACCUCCUCCUCUAUAGCAAAGCAAGCAACGGCGCUCGCCUCUCUCUCUCUCUCUCUCUCCAGCGUUCGCCUCACUUUCUCUCUCCGGCGUCGUCGCUUCCAGUCGCCGCCGUUGUCGAGUCCAGUCCCUCGCAACAAACAAUCAGAUCUGAGCGGCGUACAGUCCCUGUGACAAGUUUUGACGCCUCCAUAGCUGGUGUGUUCUGGCCAAUCUCUAGAUGUGAAGAACAAGUGGGAGAAGAGUUGAUGUGGGUAGGAGGUUCAUAG